CUCACUUAAAUCAACAUGCCACGUUUUUGAUGAAUACGCUGAAUACUCUGGGGAGUUUUGUGACGAAAACACCGUCAUUAAAGACAGUACGGUAAAUAAUGUUGGAUUGUUAACGGCCGGUGUAACGGAAAAUCAUGUGUCUUGGAGAACGAAUCAAUCUUUUCACAAAACUGAAUUUUUACCACAUGGCAACACAACAAAAAGCAACUCGCAAUUGCACCUAUCUUCUACAUAUUCAUUAUCAACGUAUCCUUCUGUUGACCGUACGUCUUCGUGCAAAGACACCCAAAAAGCUGUUAUGGAGGACGAAUUCGAUUGUUGUUUUGAUGGACUUACCGUAGGUGGAGAAACACCAAGAAAUGUUGGAAGGCCUUUUUCGACACCUACAAGUUCUAUCAAGUCUUGCAAUGAUAAUAUAAUGAAAGCAUUGGCAAGGAAGAAACCGAGUCCUUUGCUUGGUGAGAGAAACUUUGGAAAGAGUAAUUCAGAAUUAAACAAUGACUCUCUUUUAAAUUGUGCUUCCAUAUCUGACGGAUGUGGAUUGAGUUUAAAACAAAAAAACGCUAACUUAAAGUUUUCAGGGAAUCAUAAUCCGGAUUUAAGUAAGAAUGAUUCUGAACUGCUGAGUAUGUCGGAAAAACUGUCUAUUCACGCAGAUAGUAGAAACGAAGUAUUUGCGAGUAAAAAGAUUCAUAAGAUAAUGGAUGUGAAGAAUGUAUUUCUUAGGAGUCGUCAUCUUACAGGUCAGUCGACACUUGAACCAUCUACACUGUCACAGACUCAGGAUUAUAACACUAAAUGUAGUGACAUAAACAGAGUUUUGGGCGCUGGCUGUAAUAAAGUUGGCAAAAAAAGCAAUUCAAUGGUAUCUAAGGAGAAUUAUCAGCAUAAGGUGGUACAGAGUUCUUUCGACAUCAAUCAGGAGCCACGUAACGACGAAACUGAGAGUAGUUAUCUAGUUGCGUGCCGAAGAGACGAUUAUUGGCUUAAUUUCUUAGGUCGUAGUUUAGCCCAUGGAAAAGAAAAUGAAAUGUCGCUAGCACUGGAAAUUCUUAAAAAGCAAUUCACCUCUUCAGAAAAGGCCCGUCACAAAUUCUCGUUUCAGUUGGAUCUUAUUAGUGUUCAGACUGUCUUAGGACCCUCCGUCUGUACCUCCAGUGUACUAGAAGGUGCUGUGGUAGAACUUUCUAAAGAAAACCAAUGCAUUGUAGCAUGUGAUAUUGAUACCCCAAGGCGAAUUGCGUUGGUUAAGGGUGAUAUCUCAUACAAUUACCGACACCCUGGAUUUAAAAAUUCUGUACAAGUAACCCAUACUUUAAACAAAGAUGAUUUCUGCAACUCAAGUUUGAAUGCCCAAAGCAAGUGGAUGGAUCGUGUGAUGUUACUGAUAAAAGGUUUACAUUUAGACGUUGUUGCAGUACAUGGUCAAAUGACAAGUGUACUUCGAGAUCAUUUACAAGCCUUGGGUGUGGUUGUACUUGAUAAUUUAAGCAAUCACCAGCUGGAUGUUCUCUCAAAAACGACAGGAACGUCCGUAGUUUCUUACAUUUUGGAUUUAACUGAACAUGAUCUUGGAAAGCCGGUCAUGAUAAGAAUUUGGGACAGUGGUUGGUCUUCUUCUAAACAUUCAGCAAAGUCCGACGUAGUUCAAACAUUCGUGUUUGGUCAAAUUGGCCUUUGGUCUGAUGAACAAUUUCAGAAAUCGAAUUCUGUUGUAUAUUCUGUUGCGUUAUGUGGUCCAGUACAAGAUUUAGUGAAUGAUAGUGAACUGAAAUUUUGGAAUUGUGUCCAUCGUUUACGGAAUGCUAUUGAAGAUCAAUGUGUAUUGCCUGGUGGAGGAGAUAUAGAAAGAAUUUGUGUUAAACACUUAGAAGAUAUCAGAGGUAAAAUAUGUGCAUAUUGUAUGUAGCCGUAAUGUGUGUUUGUUAUAUUUGCCGGGAUACCGAGAGGGUGUAUAGGCUACUUGCAACCAAUUUGGGAAGGUGGCAAAAUCGAGCGGGCCCUCUCAAAUUUGCCUGCUCUCUGCAGAGAUUCCGACCCGGGGUUAAAAAUGCUGCAUGAAUGUCGUACGUUCUACAACUAAGGUGGCGUACGCGUGUCGUCGGUUUUUGAACUAAAUUUACCCAUGUUCUCUGUUGUAUAUUUAUUUCAUGUAAAGUAUAUAACAAACAAAAAUGUUUCGUUAGUGUUUACCGAGACAUUUUUUGGCGCACAUGCAUGUCAUUGAUCUUAAAGUGCUACAAAAUUGUAGAUCUUAAGUUAAGGUCUUUUCGUAAGGUCUUCACAUUAGCUGGUAAAUUUAAUGUAAUUUGAAAUUAUAUACUCAUUAUAAUUAUGAUAACUAUAUAUACUUCAUCAAAGUUUAAAAUUAAGAACAUGUUUAUGGAAAUAAAUUUACCGCUUAAUCGCUUUUAUCUUUGAAUAUCAGACUAGUUUUAUCCAUCUUUCAACCAAAAUGCAUCCUGAUAGAAAUUAACGUCGAUAUUGGUCAUAUGGCCGUCAUAAGUGUUCCGAGAAACUAAUCCCGAAAGCAGCCCCUGUCUAUAUUGUAGUUUUCGGUUUUAUCCACUGCUGUGGGGUGCAACUUUGGGUGCCAGGGGCGGGGUCACUUCAUUGGCCAGGCAGUACUCUGCAGUAUUCGUUUUCCUUCCUAUUUACUGCAUUGCUUUAUAUUUUCCUUGCAGCAUUUUUGAUUUUGACUAUAGGUUUUGAUACAAUCACACUUGACAAUUUUGAAUUAAUCAAGCGAUGACUGAAAUACGCCGUUGACAGUGUUGAAGCAAAUGAUAUCUAGAGUGUAGCCUGCAUGCGCCGCAGUCGAAAUGUGUGAACAUAACUGGUUUAUGUUCGUCUGUGGCUGUAGGUCACAUUACUAAAAGCUGAUUUUUACUGUUGCGUUUUUCAUACGUACGUAUACGCACGUAAAACUUUAAAUCCGUUUAAAUGUUACUUAUGAAAUAACCAAAUAAAUAAAGCAACAGAAUUUAGUGUUCCGCAUGUUUUAGUAUGCAUUUGUUAACUUAUUUGUAAAAUAUUUGAAAAAUAGGAUGAUUCAAAGUUUUCCGUGCGUGUACGUGCGUAUGAAAAACGCAACAGUGGAAAUAAGCCUUAACUACUGCAAACUAACGCAGGGGAAACCCUUACGUAUCAAGUUAUGAGCAGGCUUUGUAAAAGACUUGAAAGCCCUUGAAAGUCCUUGAAUUUCUUAAGUCCUGGAGAGUCCCUAUAAAGUCCCUUAAAAGUCCUUGAGAUUCUUAUAAUUAUAAAGAAACGCUUGAAAGUCAUUAAAUUCUUCUCGCUUUAUAACUUUUCUAUAUUCUCUGGAAUUAUUUGAAAUUAAAAACUGACAUUUUGUAAAAAGCCGUUUCAAUUUCAUCCACAGUUUAGCAUCACUUUUUACUGAUUCUAAUGACUAUACUUUGCGGCCCUUAUUAGACGUUUAGUGCUCGAAUUUCCUCACACAUGGCCUUGAAAGAUUCCUGAUUUUUACUGUUCCUAACCUGCACAUCUACGAGCCCCGAAUUUGUGAUUGGCUAAUAAUCAGAGUCAGAAUUGUGCCGAUUAUUCUGUUAUUAGAAAAUCGGAAUCUGUAUUUUCCGAUUUUAUACAACCGAUUAUUUUGAAGAAGUGUAUUUGCCAAGUUGAAGCACGUUGAAAACUAUUCUAUCAUAUUAUAUAAAUGCUGGAUUUUUAAUAGUUUUGUGGCAAGAAAGCGAUUUAAAUUUGUUUAUUACCGGUUCGGAAUCGGGCCGGUUGUGACUUCCAACAAAUUGUAAUUUCUGUUAAUCACUAAUUACUCCGGGUACUGUAAGUACCGGAGUAUUAAAAUGCCAUAUCUUUUUUGUUAGGCGACACAAGUGUGCACUUCCACAGGUGCACCGUACGCAACGCACGCAACGCACUACAAAAAUACGAAAUAUCUAAAAAUAGCCGCCAUUCGUAGUGGAUCGGAGCGAGCGUUGUGUUUACAAUGUAUUUAGUUCUAUUUACAGUAAAUAUUAUCAAAUGGAGGGGUUCUCAUACACUCGUUUUUAUACAGUGACCACAGUUGAGUUCAUAUAAAUACAAAUCGAAAUUCGAGACUUUCUCGCGUGUUUAGUAGCGGUUGCCGUUAUUGCAUGGCUAAUUCUGAUCGACAACUGCAUGGCUUGGUUCGUUACUGACGUUAGCCCGGUAUUUUUAAAUUUUGUCAACAUUGUACGUAGUUAAAUUGUGUUAACACUCGUCACUCGUGUUCUUUAAGUCUCCCUUUGUGCCCCGUGGCCAAAAUUGAAGUACAAACAACGCACAAAUAUAUUCGACAUAUGACAUAUCUGAAAGUCUUCGAUUCGCGAGGCAAUUUAUAUCGCAAACCACAACAAUAUUGGCAAUAUUGUCUAUACCACGCUUGAAUUAGACAAAAGCGCAUAUAAAAUAUAUAUAACUGUCAUAACUAGAUACCUUUACCCAACACUAUUACGUCUAUUACACAGUUUAAUGUUUUAUUUAUAGAGUAUUAAAAAUCGGUCUCGACAGCUGCAUUGUCUUGGUCUUAUAGUAAAAUCAUUACUAGGAUGCUUAAAAACAAUCUAAACGUUUGAUAAUAACAAACUUACAGAAGCCUUACAAAUUAAAACAAUCAAUCUGUAUGAACAAAAUAUCAACAUAACUUAAUUAUGAGUUAUGGUGCCAGUUAUGAACUUACUACCAUGCAUUGAAAAAGUGUUGACAAUUAACUAUAUGACACGACUAACAAUAUAUUACUUUUUAAAUAAUUUUCUUUGCGUGUUUGAUAAAUGUAGUUUGUUUACGUUAGCUAUUUUUAGUAAUUCAGUUUCAGGAGUUCUUCUCGAGGGUCGAGGGUGGGAAGCGAGGGUCGAAAAAUCAUAUAUAAAAAGUCGAGGGUCAUAUAUAAAAAUCCGGGGUCGUAUUUCUAAAAUAUUUUAUGGUUUUUAUUGUCGAGGGUAGAAAUUUGCGGGCAUUUCCUAUAGAUAAAUUUGCAAAUGGGGCAAGCACAAUAGCGAAAACAAUACUUUGAAGAUGGCGUCGCGAACCCGGAAAAGGCGUAUGGCAAUGGAAAGGUGUAUAAACAAGUCCUGAUUACUCUGAUUCAAUAGACCAUAUAGUGAAUAGACUGUACAAUAAUUUGCGACUUUCAAUCCGAGAUGACGCAGAUAAUGCACCACGCCGUUUGAAACUAUCUCGACUGUAGCUUUUGAUCGGCAUGUAUAUUUUUAUGUAGUAAUAUUUUGUCAUAUAAAAAGUAAUCGCAUAUAAAAAAUUAAUAAUUGCAUAUAAAAAUAAGAGCUAAAAAUUAAAAGUAAAGUAAGUGAACACGAACUUAAAUUAUUAUUUUGUUAAAUUAUUAAAAUGUACUCUCAAGCUUUUCACCCUCGAAUUUCUACCCUCGACAAUAAAAAAAAACCCAUAAAAUAUCUGUAAAAUACAGCCUCCGACUUAUUAUAUACGACUCGAAAAAACACUCCUACGCAUGUUUUAAAUAGAACUUUUAAUAAAGCUUUUAAUAGCUUUUAUUAUAAUCAGUGUCACAAUGUCCUUUUAUUUUUAUGUUAUAAAAUAUUAUGAUCAUUGCAUAUGUUUUUAGUCACCUGGUCAAGUGGUACACUGUAGUUCUCCCACUUUUCCAACUUUAAUAUGCUACUGAAUAUCAUGCAUUAAAGAUACCUUCAUUGCCGUAUAUAAGCAUACGUUAAAGUAGCUUUGCGCCGUUAGUUAAGGCCCUGUACCCGGAGUGAACGCCUGAGUAGGCGUCUUGUUAAAACAUAAUACCAUCGUGCCUGUUGAAUAGCUAGCUAUAAAACGACAAAUUUUCCCACCAUUAUAACAUGGUCAUUAAACCAUGCGUGCAUGUCCUUCGUUACAAUGUUCUUAAUGUUAAACGGUUGCGAGUGGUUGGGGGCGCUACUUUAGCGAAAUUUUUAAACAACUAAAAUUUGACGUUACUUACAGGAAGAACGCUACUUUCAGCGAUGAUGUCUUCUUUCGCUGUCGCUAAGUUAUGUUUCUUAUCAAAGCUUUUAUCUUUUUAGAUUGUUAUGGACCACCUGCGAAAGCGUUACUUUCCCGUUGGAUUCAAGACGACUACAAUGAAUUCCGAUCUCUUAUUCUUGACACAAUAUGUUCAGGUUUCAAGCAAUUUAUUGCAAGAACGAACUCGAAUGUUGGAAUGGUAUGUGCACGUCAAUUUUCAUCCAUCUCAGAUUGUUCUGCUAUGGAGAGGUCACGAACUGUAUACGACAAUUAUUCUUGCAAGGUAGAGGGAUGGAAAAGAGCCAUUAGAAUCGUAAAGCUCUUUCUUAAUUCAGAAUACCAUGUAAUUACUGGAUUGUAGUAUUAGGGCCGUUCACACUAGCUGUUUAUAGAUCGAUCCGAAAUUAAUUCAGAGCCUAUCUGGCCAAGUAUGGACAACUAGAAACGAGCUGAAACUGAUUCGAGAUCGAUCUAAACUAGACCACCUUUUACAACGGCGAUAAUUUCUUGCUUAUCAAUCUGGCAUACUGAAUUAGCUGUAGUUAUUUCGAUUCAUUCAAGUUUUUGUACAAGUGUGGACACUCCAUAAGAAGUUUUCGGAACCGGCCUCAGAUCUGUUUUACACUUUUAUAUCCCUCUAAUUUAUGUCGAUUUCAAAGUUUGCUACAGUAACUGUGAACGCCCCUUAUAUUGGUGCACUUUCCAGGGGUCCGCGGACCUUGAAAAGCCUGGAAAGUCCUUGAAUAGACGAUUCCCCUUAUUACAUUUUCGUAGCGUUUUGCAUUGUGGUUAUAGUGGUAUCACUGAUAAAGAUAGCGGCCUCGAAUAAAAAUAUGGAAUGUUUUCGCGAAUAUUUUGCUAUUGGAUAUCGUGCACCUGACCCUAGCUUUUUAAAAGUUCUUGCACGGGUCAGGACAAAAAAUAAGCCAUCUCGAAUAUCAGUGAUACCACUAUAACCACAAUGCAAAGCCCUACGAAAACGUAAUAAGGAGAAUCGUCUAUUGGAGAAAACAAUUCCAGAACUGGAAAGUUCUUGAUAAUCAGUAGAAGUCUUUGAAAGUCCUGCAAUUGAUUUCCUUAACGUCCAGCUGUCCCAACAUUAGUGAUUUUGAUUAAAAUUAUUGAAUAAAGUGAAUUAUUGGCUGGGCAUAUCCGUACCAUUUUCAAAGAUUUUUCCCUGUUCUAGGUCGUUGAAUUUACUGAAAAAGGGCCUUGAAAGUCCUGUAAAAGUCUUUGAAUUUCACCUUCACCAAAGGGUGGACACCCUGGCUUUUGCUGGUUUGGGGG